AUGUCCGAGUACCCGAUGCCGAUAACGCAGACGCAGUCGAACGCCAUGAAGGUGUACAUCCGUGUGCGCCCCUUCAGUGAGCGUGAAAUUGCGCAAAAGGUGGCGCCGCACAGCACCGUGCGCAUCGACGCACAGAAUCCCACGCAGCUCACGAUCCUCGAUCCAUCUCGUGGCUUUCGUCCGCUCACCACGCACCCGUUUACGCGAUGCUUCUGGUCCGUCUUUGAGAAGGGCAACGGGGAUCUGCUGAACAAGGUGGACACGUACUUGACGGGUGGCAUGAACUCCGCUCGCCGCUCUCGCGCGCAGUCGCUGGUGACGGGGCAGCCGGUGAUGAAUUCCGUCCGGCGCGGCACCCGCACAGGGCUCGACAGUGACGCAACCUCUUCCACCGGUGCGGCGUACGACGGCGCCGGCUCCGCGCCAGUGAUGGUCGACGCCAAUGUGAGCCACCCUCCGUACGCGGGGCAGGACCAAGUGUACAUGCACGUCGGCAAGCCGAUCGUGGGCAACACCCUCGACGGAUACAACGGGUGCGUGUUCGCCUACGGGCAGACGGGCAGCGGCAAGACCUUCACGAUGCUCGGCUACGCGCCGAGCACGAGCGACAUUCGCGCUCGGAAAGGGUCCGUCCCCUGCGGGGUCAGCAGCAUGGAGAACAGCACUCCUCUUGACAGCGCUGUGGAGCCGUUUGAGAGCGAUGACGGCGACGACGUGGUGGACAAGACGGGGCUGGAUCCGAACGAGCUGCAAGGCAUCAUCCCGCGCGCGUGCACGGACCUGUUCGAUGGUCUCCGUGCGAAGCGCGCCAAGGACUCCGACUUCACGUACCGCGUGGAGGUGUCGUACUACGAGAUCUACAACGAGAAGGUGUUCGAUCUCAUCCGGCCGCAGCGCAACACGGACCUGAGGAUCCGUAACUCGCCCAACUCCGGUCCGUUCAUCGAAGGCCUGACGUGGAAGAUGGUGUCCAAGGAGGAAGACGUCGGUCGCGUGAUUCGAAAGGGCAUGCAGGAGCGCCACACGGCUGCGACCAAGUUCAAUGACCGCAGCAGCCGCAGCCACGCCAUUCUCACCUUCAACAUUGUGCAGCUGUCGAUGGACGACUCCGACAACGCGUUCCAGAUGCGCAGCAAGCUGAACCUGGUGGACCUUGCUGGGUCGGAGCGCACCGGUGCGGCCGGUGCCGAGGGCAAUGAGUUCCACGACGGUGUGAAGAUCAACCAGUCGCUGACGGUGCUGGGGCGCGUGAUCGACCGUCUGGCGGACCUCUCGCAGAACAAGGGAGGGGGCUUCAGCAUUCCGUACCGCGAAUCGAACCUGACAUGGGUGCUGAGCGACUCGAUCGGCGGCAACAGCCAGACCUCAAUGGUUGCCACCGUCUCGCCGCACUCUAUCAACUACGAGGAGAUGCGACAGACGAUUAUGUACGCCUGCCGCGCGCAGCAGGUGCUGAAUAAGGCUCGCCGCAACGUCGAUCCAACGAUUAUGGAGCUGCGCGAGCUGCGCGCGCAGGUGGUGGACCUGCGGCUGCGCCUAAAGGAGGCGGGUGGCAGCAACUACACGAACGAGUACGUACGCGGAUUAGAGAAACGAGUAAAGGAGCUUGAGUGGCAGUGCGCUGAUCAGGAGCGCAUUGUCAGCCAGCUACGAGCGGAGCUAGAGAGUGCCGGUAUUGCGGAUCCCACGCUGAUCCUGAAACCCUCCGCACGCGGUGGAGCGGGUGCGGCAGGGGCGGGUGGCGGGUCUGCUAAUGGCGGUGAUGUUCAGGGCGGGGUGAGCGCCGCGACUUACCGCCGUACCAACGAGCAGCUGCAAUCGGAGUUGACAUCGGCGAACAAGGAAAUCGUGCUGCUGCAGACGAAAUUGCUGGAGUCUGCGAAGGCGAAGAGCGGCAAACUUGAUGGAGACACGGAGAGCACUAUCGCGAAGCUCCAGGCCAAGUGUGAUCUCUACCGCAACUCCUUUCGCGAGUGGGAGGCGCAUCUGAACCAGUACAACACGUAUCAGUGGCGUUGGUCCACCGACUACAUCUUCGGCACCUUCGAGGACAAGAUGAACCUGCUGAUGCGUCAGUGCCAGAAUCUGAUGAUGGACAAGGACGCCUGCGUGAUGGACGCUUUGAAUCGUGGCGAGAGUGCGCAACUGCGUGAAACGGCUAAGAUUCAGCGCGAACACCUUGCUGAGGUCUCUGCGCUGACGGCGCAGUACCGCGAGUCGAUUGAGAAGCUCAAGAAGGAGUACGCCGAAAGAGACGAGGAGCGGCUGAAGCGGCAGAAGGAGGUGUCGAACAGCUCUGAGUUGCGCAUGCAGGCCACCCGAGAGACCUUCGAGCAGGAGAAGCGCCGCUGGGUGCAGGAGCGCGAUAACAUGAAGCUUGGCUACGAAGAGAAGCUGGCGGCUCUGCGUGCCGAGUACCAAGGUGACCUGAAGCGGCUGCGGGAGUUGCUCGCCUCGACGACCGGUGAUCGCCAGCGUCAAGGUGGCGCCCUGCAGGAGCUUCAGGAGCGGCACGAAUCGGAAAUGAAGAGCAUCGGGCAGGACAUGGAGCGGGAGCGCAAGCGCCGCGAGGCGGAGUUGGAGAUGGUAAAGAAGCAGAUGAGCACGGAGCUGGCGCGCAAGGAGGAGCAGAUCGCCGCGCGUGAUGCGCAGGCUCGUAGAACGGAAGAGGAGGCGACGAAGCUGCGCCGCGACAACCUGAAGCUACAGACCGAUAUGCGCACCAAGGAGCGGCAGCUGAACACCGAGAUCAAGGACCUGCUUUUGAAGCAGGAGAACAUGAUUGCCGUCUUGACCACCAUUGUAGGCAACUACGAGAAGAACCCUACGAGCCUCACGAAGGACAUCGAGGCCCUGCGCGCCUUUGUGAGCGACAAGGACUACGCGGCCUUCCGCGCCAAGGCAAAGGAGGGUGCAUUUCGUGACCCGGCCAGCCGACGGGCGUCGGCGGUGAUGCGGAGCCCCAGCUCCGUCGACGAACAACGCAGCCGAGAAGUGGAGGACAUUCGUAACGCCAUUGAGAGCAUGCGCAAGACCCGCAGCGACCAACAGGCGAACCUGCAGCAGGUGCAGCAGCACGUGUACGCGCAGCUCUCGCGCAGUCGUGGCUUCCAGUCCAGCGGCGAGGUGGACGAGAGGUCGCAUGACGGCAACGCCCCCGCUCAGAACGGCAAUACGGCGGCGUAG